UAAUUUAGUUGACAUGUUUUAUUUUGUAUUAUGCACAUUUUUUGUUAUUGCGACUCUUAUUUUGAAAGGUUAAAGUAGGAAGUCCAUUCCAGCAUAUUGCUAGGGAACCAGAAAAGGAAGAUGCAUGCGAUAGGAAAGCAUAGCUUUAGCAAGUGACUGUAAAAGGGUCAUUUAAGUUAAAGAAUUUAUGUAAUAACCUCAUUUCUACCUCGAAAGGAAGGGUCAGCCAGCGAGUUCGACGGUGGUGUUGGUGUCAGUGGGUCAAGUGAAAUUGUAACAAGAGCAACUUUAAAGAACGACAUUAAAGCUGACUUCACACCAGCAGUACAACGAACUCUUUAUUGCCGUUAAGAAGAAGAGGUGGAAGUGAUAGUCGAACUCGGAGCUGCAUGAUUCUCGCAUCGUUGUCCCGAAGACCGGACGGUUGCAAAUGUUAACGGACACACGUUCAACGGCUACUUCUUCAUAAAGACGUCCAGAAACCAGACAUUUAAGUUCAUGUUUGGAAAGUGACACAAGGAGGGAGUAACAACAAGGAACUGUGUGAAGCCUGACAACAGCGCAACAAGGUAACGAGAAGGGAAGUAAUGCAACGAAGCUCAGAGUUAAUUUAAAUCAAGUUGAAAAGAGAUUUUCACCAAUUAAGAAGUCCAUAACAUUUCAAGUAAAACAAAAUGUCAGAAACAAAUGAUACAGAAAUAGAAGUUGCCAGUGCAGAACAAGCUGCCGAAGCAGAGCAAGUAGAUGAAACCUCUUUAGUACAACCUGGGCAAGAAGAGCUGCGAAGAAGUGAAAGACCUCGCAUGCUAACAGGAAAAGGAAAAGAAUUUCAUAAAGAAAAACUAAAAGAGCUGCAACGUCACUUUGAAAGUACUUAUGACAGAUGGAAAGCAUUAAUUAAAGUUGCUAAAAAAUCUGUUAUCAAAGGAGAUCCAGUUGACAUUCUUGAAGGUCACAUGGACAUUGUACAAAGAGAGCUAGCCGCUCUUAAUGAUAUUUAUGAUCAAUACAGAGCAAUAGAUGGACCACCUCAUGAUAUGCGUUCCAAGUUAGACAAAUGUAUAUCAGUGACUAAGGUAGUUAUGCAAAACAUCCAAUGCCAUGUUGAGGGAACAAAUAAGGAGGAGAUUAUUUGGCCUGAUGCUAGUUCUGUAUUUACAUCUUCUAGCUCAGCUAGUGUCUCAGUUCAUAGUCAUUUUAAAGCCAGUACAGUUAUCUCUAAUGGCUCCUCUGCCAAAAGACAAGAAGCUGCAGCAGAGUAUGAAGCAACAAAGGCUGUGCUUAAGAUAAUGGCUGAACAAGAGAAAUUUAGAGAAAAAAUGCAAACCAUAGAAGAAGAAGACAAAUGCAUAACCGCAGAACAAGAAGCUGCUGCGAUGUUACAACGCCAUCAAGAGGAAAGAGAGGAAACAGAACGCAAGUUAAAAAGAGAAAAGGAGAAGGCAGCUGUGAUAAAGAGACAACAAGAGGAAAGUGCUGCAAGGAAAAGGUCAGUUGAGGACUUAAAAAGGGAAAUUGAAAGACUGGAAAACCUGAAAGGACUUAAUGCAGCAAGGGCAAAAUUACAAGUUUAUGAAGAAGACUACUUUUCAGUAAAGCAAGAAAGCAUCACUCCGAAUCCUGCAAACAUACAGGUAACAGAGUUCAAGAACACUGUUAAUCAACCCACACAACCACCACAACAGUUAAAUGUCGUUCACGAGAGCACAGGUGAGCUUGUAAGGGUUUUGGCAGAAGCUAUGUCAGCUAAUAGGCUACCGAUUCCAGAGCCCUCAGUAUUUAAUGGGGAUCCACUUAAGUUUAAACAUUGGAAAGCAUCUUUUCAGACUCUAAUAGAGAGAAAGAACAUUCCCAUUGCAGAAAAAAUAUUUUUCUUGCAGAAGUAUGUAGGUGGGUGUGUUAAAGAAGCCUUAGAUGGCUAUUUUCUGAUUGGCUCUGAAGAUUCCUAUAUGGCAGCAUGGAAUAUUCUCAAUGAACGUUAUGGAGAGCCUUUUGUCAUUGCUAAGGCCUUUAGAGACAAGUUGCACACAUGGCCAAAGCUCCAAGGUAAAGACAGUGCAGAGUUAAGAAAGUUUGUGGAUUUCUUACAAAGCUGUCAAUCCGCAAUGACUACCAAUGAGAAUCUGAACAUCCUCAAUGAUGGAAUAGAGAAUCAAAGACUUGCUGCUAAACUGCCAGACUGGUUAAGCAACAGAUGGAACCGAAAGGCUACAGAGUACCAGCUGGAGCACAGACAGUUCCCACGUUUCAGUUACUUUGUAACAUUCCUGUCAAUGGAGGCAAGUAUUGCAUGUAAUCCCAUUACAUCAUAUCAAGCAAUAAGACAAAGUGACUUUGACAAACCAAGGACAAAACUUCAAAUUACACCCAUUCAUAAGAAACAAGAUACAACGAAAAUCUUCACAACUAAUUCUACAGAAAGAAGCAUGAGUUCUUGUGUGUUUUGUAAAAGAACAGGACACAGCUUACACAAAUGUCGUAAGUUCACUGAGAAACCAGUUACUGAGAGAGUCAAGUUCAUUCAAGGUGAAAAACUAUGUUUUGGCUGUUUAAAUAGUGGUCAUUUCUCCAAGAACUGCAGCGAUCGGAUGACAUGCAACACAUGCUCAAAACAACAUCCCACAUGUCUGCAUGAAGAAAGACAAAGACACGAGAUAAAGAAAGAACAACCUAAAGAACAAGAAGUAGCUGAACGGAAGGAAACCCAGCAACAGGUAACACAGUCACAAGACACAGCUAACGAAAGUACAUCCAACAGAGUGACUCAUGAAAAUAGAAACACACAGACAUCUGCAAUAGUACCUGUCUAUGUAUCCACACAAAAUGAACCAAGCAAAGAAAUACUUACGUACGCUCUGCUGGACACACAGAGUGAUUCGUCCUUUAUUCUCAAUGAAGUAGCAAACAAUCUGAACACAGCUAAAACCCAAGUUAAACUCAAAUUAUCGACGAUGUCAUCCAAGAAAACAACUGUACCAUGUACAAAACUUGAAGCUCUGCAAAUAAGAGGAUUGUUUUCCAAAAAGAAACUCACUGUGCCAGUUGCUUACACACGUGAUUUUAUACCUGCCAAUCGUAGCCAUAUUCCUACUCCAGAUACGGCAAGGUCAUGGCCACAUUUGGAGCAUCUAACUGAACAUAUUGCUCCACCAUUAGACUGUGAUAUAGGACUUCUGUUAGGCUACAACUGCACACAAGCCUUAAUGCCCAGAGAAGUCAUAUGUGGUGAAGAAAACCAGCCUUAUGCCCAGAAAACAGAUUUGGGCUGGAGCAUCAUAAGUUACUGUGAUUCGUGUGAUGCAAGCAGUGAUGUAAUUGGAGUAAGUCAUCGCAUCACUGUAAAGCAAGUAAUACCAGAGACUGAGCCAACCACAAAGCUGAAGAAUAAAGUUCAUUACAUCUGCAAGACACAAAUAAAAGAAGUAACUGGUCCAGAUGUAAUCAAAGCACUUGAAUCAGAUUUUACAGAGAGAGCAGUGGAAGAAACAAGCAUUUCACAAGAAGAUGUCUGCUUCAUAAGAAAGCUGCAAGAAGGAAUCAAACAAAAGCAGGAUGGACACUAUGAAAUGCCCCUGCCUUUCAAAAAUGACAGACCAAAUCUUCCCAACAACAUGUCAAGUGCAAUGCAACGCUUAAACAGUCUCAAACGCAGAUUCGUAAGGGAUCCAAAGUACUACUCUGAUUAUGCAAAGUUCAUGGAGGACAUUAUUGCACGCGGUGAUGCAGAGAAAGUAACGGAGAAGGAACUCUGUAAUUCCCCUGCCUGGUAUAUUCCCCACCAUGGGGUAUACCACCCUCAAAAGCCUGGCAAGAUCCGUGUAGUUUUUGACUGCUCUGCACAAUAUCGAGAUACUUCGCUAAAUGAACACCUGCUUACAGGGCCUGACCUCACAAACACUUUGGUGGGAGUACUCUGUAGGUUCAGGAAGGGCUCAGUGGCUGUAAUGUGCGACGUGGAGCGUAUGUUUCACCAGUUCCAUGUAACACCCCAAGACCAGGAUUAUUUACGCUUCCUAUGGUGGGAGCAUGGUGAUCUAAGUGUUCCCCUCUCAGUCUUUCGCAUGAAGGUUCACCUGUUUGGUGCAGCUUCUUCACCUGGUUGUGCCAAUUUUGGUUUAAAACAUCUAGCUACACAAGGUGAGGGAAGGUUCUCUCCAAACACAGUGAAGUUCAUUCAAAGAAACUUUUAUGUAGAUGAUGGACUUGUAAGUGUUACAUCUGAAGCAGAAGCAAUCAAACUAGUCAAAGAAGCAAGAGAGCUGUGUAGCACAGGUCAACUAAGAUUACACAAGUUUGUAUCAAACAGUGACAAUGUGUUAAAGUCACUGCCCAGAGAAGAGUGUGCUGACAGUAUAAAGGAUUUGGAUCUAGCACUUGGAGAACCACUGAUGGAAAGAGCACUUGGUGUUCAGUGGUGCAUUUCUUCCGAUGAGUUUCAAUUCAGAAUAACAGUCAAAGAGCACCCAAUGACAAGAAGAGGGAUCCUGUGCACAGUAGCAUCAGUGUAUGAUCCACUGGGAUUUGUGGCACCCUUCAUCCUAAAAGGAAAACAAAUCCUGCAACAGUUAUGUCAAGAGAAAGUCGGAUGGGACGAGCCUCUUUCGGAUCAGCUCUACAGAGAGUGGGAAUCCUGGCUCCUGGAUCUUCAAAACUUGUCAAAGGUGAGAAUCCAAAGAUGCAUGCUACCUGAAAACACAGACAUCACACAGUGUGAUUUACAUCAUUUUUCAGAUGCUAGUGUGACAGGCUAUGGACAAUGUAGCUAUUUAAGAACAGUCACAUCCAAAGGGGAUGUUCAUUGCGCACUAGUCAUGGGGAAGGCACGCGUUGCCCCAACCAAAGUCACUACUGUCCCUAGACUUGAGUUAACAGCUGCAGUAGUCGCAGCAAGAACAAGUGUAAUGCUAAAAGGUGAACUGGAGAUCAGCAAUCUUCAAGAACAUUUCUGGACAGACUCCAAAGUGGUGUUAGGAUAUGUGAAUAAUGAUGCCAAAAGAUUUCAUGUAUUUGUGGCAAAUAGGAUUCAAAGGAUAAAGUCACUCACAAACCCACAUCAGUGGCAUCAUGUACCAUCUGAGAAUAAUCCUGCAGACCACGCGUCAAGAGGACUAAGUGUUCAACAGCUACUCACUUCUAACUGGUUUAAAGGACCAGAGUUUUUGUGGCAAAGUGAGCUACCCAUUGAAACUGACAAGGCUAUUGAAGUUAUUCCUAAUGACCCAGAGCUGAAAACAGUACAUGUGCUCAAAACGGAAGUACAAGAAAGGAGAACAAUACUUGAUCGUCUCAAUAAAUUUUCAGACUGGAGAAGAGCUGUUAAAGCUAUUGCUCGUCUAAAGAAAUUUGUGAGAGAUUUUAAAGGAGACACACAACCAAAGGCAAGGAAAUCAAGGACUUAA